AUGCCAUUAUUAGAAGAGAUUAGUGAUGCAGAGGAUAUUGACAACAUGGAUAUGGACUUGGCUGAGUUUGAUCCAAGUCUUAGAACUCCUUUAGCUCCAAAAUUAGAAAAGAAAGUUGUUAGAAGUCAAGAUAGUGAACCUCAAGAACCUUCAUUAUUUCCAAAUUUUGGGAACCAAGGUUCAUUAGAUGAUAUAGAUGAUGAUGCUGGGAUACGGUUUGAAAAUCAAAAACAAUUUAAUGACGAAGAAUUAGCACAAUUGAAAACAUUACAAUUGAUUUAUCCAUGUUAUUUUGAUAAGAAUAGAUCACAUAAAGAAGGUAGACGUGUUUCCAAAGAAUUAGCUGUAGAAAACCCUUUGGCUAAAACUAUAGCAGAUGCUUGUGUUUCAUUACAUUUGGUUGCAGUUUAUGAACCAGAAAAGACACAUCCUCAAGAUUUUGGUAAUCCAGGACGUAUUAGAGUUGCAUUAAAACAUGAAGGUAAACCUGAAAGUAUUUUGGUUAAUAAUAAACGUCAUUUAUUCAAUCAAAUUGCUAAAUAUUUAAAACAACAUGAAACUACAUUACAAACAAUUAAAUCAUUACCAAAACCUCAAGAAAUGGCUGGAUUUGAACCAAAAGAAAUUCCAAGAGUUAAAGGUUUUAAAAUGAAUACAAUUGUACCAGCUUUUAGUAGAUAUACUUUAGGACAUCCAAUGACAAAUUCAAUUUAUACUGAAGCCCCACCACAACCAGUUGAAGAUGUUAAACCUGUUAUGCCAAAACAACCAAAACAAAAAUUCAUGCAUGUAAGAAGAUGA